AUGUCGGACGGAAUCGCUCCAGCUAUAGACAAAGUCGGCGCACCUGAACCCACGGCCCCCGAGGCCGAGGCCGGCGCUCCCACUUUGGACACCGCGACAGCUCCUUCGGAGCCCACCAAGCCGGAAGAAUCCAAGCCAACUGAGGGAGCCGGUGGUCUCAGCGCCCCGCCGAAGCCCGUCGAGGUUGCGUCGGUGCCAGAGACACCCGUCAACAACAUGACACCGGCAGGCGGCACUCCACGACCCGUGCUCAACCUCGAAGAAGAACCAAAGGAAACGCCAAAGAACGAGGACGAGAAUGCGUUCAUCACUGAUGCUCCAACAUCGGCGCCCGCUGUCUCCGCCCCAAAGGAUGUCCCUAUGACUGACAAUGCUGCCGACGACAAGCCAGCGGGCAUCAACGGUGCCAGUAAGCCUGAGGUCAACGAUGUCGCCGAAGUGGCUGCAGGCGAAAAGCGUAAGGCUGAGGAGCCUCCAGCCGCUACCAACGGCGCAUCCGACCCCGUUGCAGCAGAGAAGUCGGAGUCGGAGGAGCGUGCCGAGAAGAAGGCUCGCGUUGAAGACGCCGCAGAUGAGCCGAACACCACUGAGAAUACUUCGCCAAACGGUAAGCACGAAAAUGGGAAAGCUGCGAAGAAGGACAAGAAGGUCACCCCAGUUGCUGGGAAGACGGCACGCAAGACGCGAAGUCAAGGACCUGUUGAGGUUUAG